AAACGGGCGCGCAGGGUAGAUGACAUUGUGAAAUCCCGGGAGCCUAUGCAAAUGGAGUAACUAGAAACGCUUUCUCAACAAACUAUUUCCGCCUUAAAACGUGAAGAAUUUCAAGAAUUUUGCACCUCGCUCACAACGAACUAGUUAGCUAGAGGCAACAGCUUUUUCUUAAACUAGUUAGCGAACUUACUUUAGUUGCUGCCACCUUUGACCAAGAAAAAGGAGAAGUCACAACUUGCACUUUGAGGGUUGUUCUGCAGGAAUGUCGCAGAAAGAAAGACCUACGUUUUAUCGGCAGGAGGUGACCAAGACGAUUUGGGAGGUACCAGAACGCUACCAGACCCUGUCUCCAGUCGGUUCCGGGGCCUACGGAUCAGUUUGCUCGUCGUACGAUCAGAAGACGGGUAUGAAGAUCGCUGUGAAGAAGCUCUCCCGGCCUUUCCAGUCCUUUAUUCACGCCAAGAGAACCUACAGAGAGCUACGGCUGCUCAAGCACAUGAAGCAUGAGAAUGUGAUCGGCCUUCUAGAUGUUUUCACACCUGCUACUAGUCUGGAGGAGUUCAAUGAUGUGUAUCUGGUGACCCACCUGAUGGGGGCAGACCUCAACAACAUAAUCAAGUGUCAGAAGCUGACAGACGACCAUGUGCAGUUCCUCAUAUACCAGAUCCUCCGGGGGUUAAAGUAUAUCCACUCAGCAGAUAUCAUUCACAGAGACCUGAAACCCAGCAACCUGGCUGUGAACGAGGACUGUGAGCUGAAGAUUCUUGACUUUGGGCUGGCGCGGCACACAGACGAUGAGAUGACUGGUUACGUUGCCACUCGCUGGUACAGGGCCCCAGAGAUCAUGCUAAACUGGAUGCAUUACAACAUGACAGUGGACAUUUGGUCUGUGGGAUGUAUCAUGGCUGAACUCCUCACUGGCAGAACUCUGUUUCCCGGUACUGACCAUAUAAACCAGCUUCAACAGAUAAUGCGUCUGACAGGAACGCCCCCAGCCUCUCUAAUAAGCAGGAUGCCAAGCCACGAGGCAAGGAACUACAUCAAAUCCUUGCCUCAGAUGCCCAAGAGGAAUUUUUCUGACGUGUUCAUUGGAGCCAACCCACAAGCUGUGGACUUGCUGGAGAAGAUGUUGGUUCUGGACACAGAUAAGAGGAUCACGGCUGCCGAGGCUCUGGCCCACCCCUACUUCUCCCAGUACCACGACCCAGACGACGAGCCUGAGGCUGACCCCUACGACCAGAGCUUUGAGAGCCGUGAUCUGGACAUUGAAGAAUGGAAACGGCUGACCUUUGAGGCGGUAUGUGAUUUUGAGCCACCCAUCUUCGAUGGAAACGACAUGGAAUCGUGAUUGGGCGAUGUGAUUUCUACAAGCCCCUCUCCCGUCAACACCAAACGUCUCUAUCACUGAGGUUCCCUCUUAUCAGACAACCUUUUGGAAUAAUAUUAUCAUCAGAGUGCCUGCAAAUGUUUGUCUAUUGUUAUAUUUCUUAAGCUUGUGCUCUCUCUCCCACCAUUUUGAAUCCGUAAGGUGUUGCAAGGGAAACGUUACAAAAAAUAGCCUGGUCCCAGAUUCGUUGGUGCUGUGGCAUGACAAUGGCCAUGGGAGUUGGCUGUACAACCCAAACAGAUAUGGGACCAGGCUAGAACUACAAUGGAGGAGAGGAGAGCGACAUUUUAAGGGCUGUUAAAUCGGUGUUAACAAAUACUGAUUGUAUGUGUCUACUACCGUGUAUUUUCAAGGGAGAAACGGAGGCAAGCAGAAAACAACCACUAAUACCAUUAUUGGUCCAUUUCUGAAAAAUGUCAUGCUUCUUUUAUGUCCCAAAUGGCACCCUAUUCCCUAUUUAGUGCUCUGCUUUUGACCAGGGCACUAUAUAGAGAAUAGGAUGCUAUUUGGAAUCAAAUCUAUAUUUAAAUUAGUUUUGUAUUCUUCCUUCAGAAGUUUUAUUAUUAUGAAAGUAUUGCUCAUUACUGUAUUCUAUUGCUCACCACUUCACUGUAUUCUCUUGCUCACCACUGUAUUCUCUUGCUCACCACUGUAUUCUAUUGCUCACCACUGUAUUCUAUUUCUCACCACUGUAUUCUAUUGCUCAUUACUGUAUUCUAUUGCUCAUUACUGUAUUCUAUUGCUCACCACUGUAUUCUAUUGCUCACCACUGUGAUAUCCGAAAGAAAUUAGAUGCUGAAUUGAAACAUCCGUAAAAUGUGUUCUGAUUGAAUCAUUUCAUGAUGUGUAUCAUCUGAAAUGUGCAAUAAUGCUUGUCUGUCACUCGCGCUCUGCCAAUCUACCAAUCACAUUGUUCGUGUCAGACUCCCCUGGCUUUGUUUUCCUGUCAGUCACAGCACUGGUGUCAAGACUCCCAGGCGCUUCAGAAACCGUUGAUGAUCUUCUUUAAUUGAUCUGGUAUAUGACAUAGGAUGUGUCCCAAAUGGAACUCUAAUACUGCAGUACUAAAUGCGAGAGACUAUAUUUCAGUUGAAUGCAUUGAGUUGUGCAACUGACUAGGUAUGUUCCUUUCCUUUGAACAGGACCCAUAGGCUUAUGGUCAACAGUAGUGCACUAUAUAGUGAAUUGGGGACCAUUUGGAAUGCACAUAGGGAUUCAUUCUAUUCUUCAACAUUGUUAUGAACUUUUUAACUUUGUGGAAAUGUUUUAGCUGUGAGAAAUGUUUCAAUAUACCACGUUGCAGAUUAGUUCCCCCUCCCCCAAGUGUGAAUACUGUUCAAUGCCAGCGCCAGACCAUAGGAUGUUUAAUACCUUUUACAUUGUAGUCAUUUUAACAGAUGCUCUUAUCCAGAGCAACCUACAAGAGCAAUUGGGGUUAAGUGCCUUGCUCAAGGGCACAUCGACAGAUUUUUCACCUAGACCGCUCAGGGAUUCGAACUAUCAACCUUUCUGUUACUGGCCCGGUUUUAACCGCUAGGCUACCUGCCGCCCAUUUAAUGCUCACAAACCCUAAAAUCAUUAUUCAGCUAAUUGAAUACCCAAAUGAUGGAAUUCUGGCAGAUUCAGACCAUUUUUGUGGCUUCCUCUCGUCCUCAUCUCCUUGAUCUGCACCGAGGUAAAGGAACUGGACAGGAGAAAUGGUUGGUAGGGGUCAACCAUAUUGCUUUCAACUGUUCUGUGUUUUCAGAACACAACUGUGCAGAUGACGGACACAAUGGAAAGAAGCCACUAGAAUAUUGAGAUACAGCCCGAGUCAGAAUAAAUAACCGUGAUAGCCCCAGGACUCUAGUUGAACCAUGCUGCACUCCAUUGAAUAGAGAAUUAAUUCUGGUUUCACCACUUUCCAUAUUGACACUUUAAAACCAGAUGGAGUUGAUAUGAGCCACUGUGGGUUGUCAAUGAAUGUGCUAAUCAACGUGGCAUUAAGAGUAAACUAGGAAAAAUAUGUAUUUUUGGGUACAAAAUCAACUCAAAUGUAUGUAAAUAUCUGUUCUAUAUUUUAUUUUUUAAUCUUCAUGACUUUUGUUUUGGUUUGUUGAAUUUAAACAAUCUUCAUUAUCAGCAUGUUCAUAAUUUGUGCGUGUGUGUUUUGAAUAUGUGUUAACAGGAGCUUGACGUGUCAUGCUUAAAGCCGCAAAAUAGAAAAAUGUAAAUCGAUGUCAAAAAGAAAUGAGGGAAUUGCUUAGUUAUAUUUAUACUUUGUUGAGGUGGUAUUUCAACUGGAGAGAGAUACUGUUGUUUAUUUCAGCCAAUCCCCAUAGAAGACUGACAUCUAACAGUCUUUACAGCAGAGUAACUAUUACUAUAAUUAAUGCCUUUGUUUAUAAAGAAAUAAAGACAGUUAUUUUUAAGUCUA